AGGUAUUGUUCUUGCAUCACACCUGAAACCUCUGGAACAAAAGGACAAGAUGGGAGGAAAGAGAUUUGUGUCCUGGAACUGUCACACUACUCGGGAAAGGACUUCUCAAGAUGUGGUCACUGAAAUGCCCCAGGAGAAGUCACCUUUCCAGCCCACCACCUCUGCAGAAUUUUACCGUGAUUGGCGGCGACACUUAAGAAGUGGGCCAGAGCGCUACCAAGCCCUGCUUCAGCUUGGGGGACCCAAGCUGGGCCGCCUCUUCCAGACAGAUGUGGGCUUUGGACUUCUCGGGGAGCUGCUGGUGGCAUUGGCUGAGCACGUGAGGCUGAGCGACCGGAUGGCAGUGCUAGAGAUUCUGCACAGCCUGGCUAACACUGGGCGGUUCACCUUGAACCUGAGCCUGCUAAGCCAUGCAGAGCGAGAGAGCUGCCAGCGCCUGUUUGAGAAGUUGCAGGCCAUGGGCACCACCAGACCCAUGCAGGAGGGCCUCGGUGUGGAGGAGCCAUCUGCUGGGCUACAGGGAGAAGAAGGGUUCCUACAGGAACUGCUAGGACUGUAUGGAGUCCAUUGAUAGGACUGGUUGCCCUCAGCAUUCCUCUGUGGUCACAGAAGGCAUUUUAAAA